AUGCCUCACGCGACGAGUCUGCCCGCGCCGGGCUUCCAGGCCCUCAUUCUGUGUGGACCUGGUGCUUCCUUCAGCACCUUCACAUCUACGCCCAAGGAGAUACCAAAGGCCCUGCUGCCCAUUGCGAACCGGCCGAUGGUCUGGUAUCCUCUGGAAUGGUGUUACCGCAUGGGAGUCACAGACAUCACAGUCGUGACACCGCCAGAGUCCUUAGAAGCCAUCGAGGCUGCCAUGUCGCAAAACCCACACCUCACAACCCUCCCUUCGCCGAAGCCAGACAUUCUUGCGCCGAAAGACCUCUCACAUCAGACGAGUACGGGCGACCUCUUCCGGUUACCUGAGCUACAAAACGCGAUCAAGGGCGACUUCAUAGUGCUGCCAUGCGAUCUCGUAUGCGAACUGGACGGCACGGCGCUGGCAGACGCCUGGAUGGUAGAACAGGGCGGGUUCGCAGGAGCUAGUGGAGGACUAGAUCACAACGGCAGCAAGAUUGCUUUCGGCGCUGGCGGAGAGAAGCUCGGAAGAAGAGGCGGCAUGGGCGUGUGGUACCAGGCAAAGGGAGAAGGCAGCAGGAAGAAGGAGGAGACGGAUUUCAUCGCAACAACACCGCUACCUACGCCCAUCGUCCCCGUUCCGACAGACUCGCUGCGCCGCAACAUCUCGAAACUAGUCUAUUCCGUACCCACCGACACGCUGAAUGACAUCACGGAGGAGAACAAGACAUUCCCGCUGCGACAUUCCCUCAUUCGCCAGCACGCGCGGAUAAGAAUGCUUACGACCCACCGCGACGCACACAUCUACUUCUUUCCAUACUGGGUCAUUGAGAUGAUCAAGAAGAACGAAAAAUUCGAAAGUAUCAGUGAGGAGGUCUUGGGUUGGUGGGCGAAGGCGGGCUGGCAAAACGGUCUAGGAGACAAGUUGGGUCUGCGGCAAAUACUUCAGGGCGAGGAUGAGGAGUCGGAUCACGGGUCGCAAGUUGUCGAGGAAGAGAUCGAUGUAUCCAAAUUCAGCACCACAUACUCAGGCGGUAACACAGAAUCCGACUCAAAGGCUCCCACGACACUCGCGUCCAGAGUCACAAAAUCGUCCAGUAUACCUGAAUCUGCGAAAUCGAUUACCUCGAACACGAAGCUUACGGUUCCACCGAUCCUUGCCUACGUUCAGCCGUCAGGACCAACCGAACCUCUCAUUCGCCGCGUAGACGACUCGCAUCUUCUACUCACCGUUUCACUCCGCCUGGCUAAGCUGCAGUCGAUCGAAGAAGUCGGCAAAGAAGCAGCUUCACCAUUCGCCCAUCAGUCGAAGAUCGUCCACAAGGAGUCUAUCCCCCGGAAGUGUCGUGUAGAAGCCGAAAACUCACUGCUAGCCGAUAACGUCAUCGUAGAAGAGAAGACGAACAUCAAGGAAAGCGUCAUCGGUCCAAACUGCAAGAUCAGCGAGGGCGCAAGGCUGUUGCGGUGUCUGUUGAUGGACGGAGUCGAAAUCGGACCAAACGUACAACUCACAGACUGCAUACUUGGCCGGAGAUGCAAGAUGGAGGGUGGCGAUGCUAAAGAUGGCGACAAGACUGUUCUCAAGGACUGCGAGGUUCAAGACGGACAGGUUGUGGAGUGGGGUACUGAAGCGAAGAACGAGAAGUUCAUGCGCUUUGACGUGGGUGAUGAUGUGGGUAGUGAAGGGUUUGGCGGAGACGAGAUGGACACAUUGAACGAUGAUGGGGAUGAAGGUAUUCCGUUGCGGUAA